AUGAGGCGAAGAAGACGUGCGCUCACGACGACAGCUUUCUUGCCGUUGCUAGCGGCGCCCCUCGCUCGGGAGGAGGCGCUGCCUCCCUCGCGCCACCAGCACCUAUGCGUUCCGUGGACGGCGUCGCUGCGCGAAGCGUUGACGCGGUCGAACGCGUUUCUUCCCGACCCCGCGGCAUUUGUGUCGCACCCGCCGGUGGACGCGGCCGCCGAGCGCCUCCGGCGGCAGCUGCGGCGGCUCGGCGAGAGCUGUCGCGCGCCGUUCCUGCCGAUCGGCGGCACGAACGCGUUCGGCAGCCUCGUCAACGCGCUCGUGCUGCCGCUAAAGUUCGCCGUGGCGUCAAACCGGACGAUGCUCACGCCCCCGCUCGGCGCCUACGCGAACGGCUCGUGCGCUACUCUGGCCUGCUUCUACCGCCCACUCGCGCCCGCCUGCGAGCGCGCGAACGGUUACCCCGCGCCCGUGCCGGGUCCUCGGCCGCGCUCGUCCGUCGUGGACGCCCUUGCGGUCAAGCAGGAGCGGCGCCGGCGCGCCAAGCGCUGCCAGGGCGCGGCAGCAGCACCGCGGUGCGACGACUACGAAGCCAUCGCGCGUCGCGCCGCGUCCCCCAUGCACCCUCUCUGUGAUUUUGACUCUGCGAGCCGCAGGAAGCGCUGGGCGAGGCGACGAUCCCGCGUGGUUGGCGUGCCGCAGUGCCGCGGCCAGACUCGUGCGACGAGACCUCAUGCCGCGUGCCGACGCUCCAGGCCUCGGCGCUCAAGAAGAUCGGUGUCGACCCUCCACCUGCGGCGUAUGCGACUCAGGGGGGCUUUUGGUUUGUCUCGCAGCUCCUUGCGCGCGUUUUUGCAGCGUCUGGUCACAUGCGCCCCAAAUCUUAUGCUUGUCGCGACCCAGGCAUUUGCUCCGGCCAAACGACGCGACGCGGCGCCGCGUCGGCCGCCGCGCGGAGGCGGCGGGCCUGCGGCGAGCGCCGCGGCCGCUUCUCGGCAUUCACGUUCGGCGCGGCGACUCGUGCCGCGAGGUGCAGGAGGCGACCAAGGCGCGUCGGUGUUCGCCCUUUGCCGAGUACUGGUACCACGCACUCGCCAUGCGGGCGCGAGGCGGCGUUCAAGCAUUCAUCUCAGUAGCGAGAUCUUCGCCGCAGGCGCGCUACGGCAUCCGGUCCGUAUUCCUCGCAACCGACGAUCCCUCCGUCGUAGACGAGGCUCGGACAGCGGCCGCCACCGCUGGUCUGCCGCUCUACGCCAUGCUCGCCAAUCCGCCGGCCAGCGCCGGCACCGCACCGCCCCCACUCUGGGACUCAGCGCGCGCCCGUGUCAGACUCAGUUCGCAUGACCCAUGCUGAGGGCGCGGUGACUUGUGCCUUCUAGGUGCUCGCGCGUCGCGGCGUCGACGCGUCUUCCGCGGCAGCUGGCGUCGUCGACGACCUGGCGCUCCUCGGGCGCUGCGACGCGUACGUCGGCAAGUUCACCUCGAACCUAGACCGCAUCGCGUAUUCGCUCCUUGCGGCGCGGUCCGGGUGCCUGAAACCGGUCGUCUCCCUAGAUUCGCUCUGGUGCCACGACUGGUCCAAUCGAGUCGGCCAGUCCCUUUUCGGGUCGUUUGUGUGUUGAUGCGAGCAAAUCAAAAUACACCUAAUUAGGGAUAUUUAGAGCGAGGCGGCGCGGGCGGCGUGCCGCUAGUGUUCAAACCCGCGUCUACCCGCACGUUCCUAACUUGAACCUCUAACUUGAACCCUGAUCUUAACCCUAACCUCACCACCCCGCCCCCCUGGUGGCCACGUGGGUCGACCUGGUGGGUACGGGGCCACUUAAAGCGCGUGCGGUAGCACGUGCUAAAAAGCCAAUCAACUUGAAAUUGAGAUGCUGAAUCUAAAGUGAUUUUUCAGCGAUCUCAGCUUUGGUAUGUGCUUGGAUCUGAUGAGCUGGGUACAAUAAAUGCACAAUGCAGCUAAGGGUCACUGACACGGACCACACGGUGACGGUCACGGUCAUGGUAAAACACGUCGAGGAAAGAGCCACCAAGAUGCAUGAAUCUCUUCUGUAAAUGCAGUAAUUUAGUUCUCGCCCCCGUUCGAAUCUGACCAUAGAACAGCGCAGCGGUCCGCGCGAGCCCUGGACGAUUUUGGUGCACUUGUGCAGCUGCUGAAGACGGGCCUGUGUGGCCCGUGAGGCCUGCAAACUAUAGUACGGUGAAUACACCUAUUCUCCUUACUUACCUACUUACUCAGGCUUACCCUACACACAACGAAUCGCCACCGGCGCCAGUCUAAAUUCACUAUGUUACUAGUAUUAUCACUAAAUUACAUUAAUGAAACUAUGUACUAUUUGGGAGUCAAUUCUAAGACUUAUGGGGUUAGCCUCACUUCAUCGGGGCAGACGAUCUGCCAGUGCGCCCCCGGGCCGUACUGUUCACAGUGCUGGGCAUAGUUUGCCAGUGUGUCCGAGGGUUCUAAGUUGGUAAUGAUGGCGAACUCUAUACUAGUAGACCCGCCUCACCUCGGGCAGGCUCGACACACUGGCAGACACACUCAGCCCACCCAGACUUCCACCCAGCCGGGCGACUCGUUGUAAUUUAUAUUACAUCGUCACUAUGAUUCGCAAUCAGCGAAGUACAGCCAACUCGGUGGAGGAGUUUCGUAGCCUGGGCUCGUGUGGUGAGAUGUCGCACGGCGAAGGCGUGGCUGUUGCUUGAAAGUUCACGGCGUAGCCACGGAUCGGCGAGUACGUCAGCUAUGAGUUGGCUCCACGCGGCGUGGCGGUACGAGACAAGAACCGUGGGUUUCUCGUUAAAGCUCGAAAAUAGGACACUCUCGGGGCAUGCAUCCACAAUGGCUGGAACGCCAAGCUGCAUGAAGACGAACGCGCGACCCGCAUUCGACGUGCGCUUACAGCGUUUGACCAUAUCUUCAGGUUGUUCGUCGACCUGCACAAAAGAUGGCGCGGUCUGGCGCGCCACCUGUCCGACGUCACCUGCUGGUGCCACCUCCGACGGCGCCAGGCCCAAGUCGCACUCAGCGAGGUGCUGAUAGAUCUUGCGCGGGUCGUAUGCAACGAAGUCUACCAUUCCAGCCCGCCACUCUAGUGCGUCGACUUGCUUGGCCAGGGCUUUGGUCGCACGGGGCUCUACGAGGACCCGCAGUUUGAACGGAUUACGGAUAUCGCCAAGGACCGGGAGCAGGGAUUGAAUAUGCAUGUGGUUCCCAUGGUAGCAGAGCAAUGGAACGCGGGCCUCACCAGGGCCAAACGCGAUGGGCCUCACUUUGUGCAUCACGCCAACUGGGCGCACGUCUUCGACGAGCUGGAGGCGAAUGGACGCCUGGCCCUUGGCACGCCACAUUGCAUCAAUGAAUCCGUUAUCUGACACCAUGAUCGCGGAUCUAUCGGCCUCAUUCAAGGUAGUGGCCUCAGUGUUCGACGGCUUGAAGACGAUGCGCACCGACUUUGGAUUGGUUGUGCGAGGCACGUGUCCGAGAGCGAGAACAACAUCGCACAUAUCGUGACCAUGCAGAAGUUCGACGCCCAGGAGCCUCGCUAGGGCCGUAGAGUGCAUGUGUGCGAUGCGCAUUGAGCCGGUCAACGAGCUGCCGGGCCUGAAGGCAGCGCAGAGACGCGGGCGCGGCGGCACUGGCAGGGAAAGGCACCGCUCCCUGAACGGGUGAACCAGUAGUGAACCCCGGUAGCGCCCUACCGACCCGCAGUUUGAUCCCUUUCCAUCCGCGAUGCCGGGAAGUUGUGCCCACUUCCCAGCAAGCACAAUCAUCAGGGGAGGCAUCGAGCCCAAGUGCCACAACUUUUUCACGGCAUUCUGAGCGAGAUACAUCUCGACGCGCUGCGUUGUAUUUGCUGCUAUCCACGCUGAUAUGUUGACCAACAUCACUGAGUCGGUCAGGCACGGGUCAUCAGGCCUCAGGCCCAGUCCAGCGAGCCGUGGAUCGUUCAAGAGUAGCAUGCGGUCCAUGCGGCACGUUUGGAGCCGCUGAACUCCAGCAGACACGAUUGGGAUUGGCGUUGUCGACGAAAACAGGCCAUCGAGGCCAGGUCGCAUAAAAAGAACGUCAGUGUCAAGGUACAGGAAUAGUUCGGCACUGUAGCGCUCCCUAAGUAAUGAGGGGGCGUAAAAUCGGUAGUAGUUGGCUGCGUGCAUCAGCUUCUGCUGCAAACUUUUCUCAUGGCCCCGGUAGCCCCAAACUUUUCGUUGUCGCGUAACCGCAGAGUCAAAAUCCGUCUCGUGCGUGGAAAUACGGAAGCCACGGAAAAUCAGUGGUGCAAGCGAGUCCUCGAGCGCAUGCUUGGGGAUGCGCCAGUAGAACACGUGCGCGUGCAGGCGCCGCCGGCACCUGAGGGCAUCGCAGCCAACGGAAAAUGCUGACCAUGCGGACUGCGUGAGCAGGUCAAGUUGCUGCUGCUGCUCGUUCGCGCUAGACGCCUCGAUUGCGUACACGAGGUGCAUUUCGUUGCGUGGCUCGACGUGUACCUCUUGGCACAUGGUCAUCGCGUCUCGCCAGGAGGAGCCCAAUGUCACGACAAAGACUAGCAGGAGGAAACUCACAAGGACUGGUUUUUGGGCCAUUGCGCCCCAAGGAUAUGCAAGCCUUGGCUGGCGGUAUUUUUACGGCAGGCACUCGAGUAAGUUGGUGAGAGAGCAACCCACUAGAGAGAGAAACCUACUAGCCCUUCCUACCCUAGAUAUGUAUCUCCCACUCUCUAAAUUUGAGUCUAUAUAUUGAGUGUCUAUCGACGCUACGGUGUAACCAAUUUACUAUAAGACACUCUCGUAGUUGGCUUGGCUCAGCCUCCGCCGAAAUGACGUGGAGCCCAUUUCGCUAUUCGUCUACACCUUGUCGAGCGCACCGUUUGACGCCCGCGUUUACAAUCAAACCUCAUUGCACUACAAAACCCUUAUGGUCAUCGCAUCGCCCGGGGGAAAAAAGCCUGCCCCCAUCAGCCCUUGGGGCACGGACGGCGGCGCGGCCCUUACGGGGCACCCAGGCAGCCGCACCGCCCACGCCGGCACGCUGGAUAAUCACCCGGCGUGCCGGCGUGGGAGCUACUGGUAGGCAUUACUGGUAGUAGGCAGAGAGAUACUAGAUAGCCCACGGGCAAUGGGCAUGCCGUUCCUCGCAUGUAUCGCACGACCGGGUCUGACUCGGAAUCUGGCUCUGAUGGGGAGGAGGAGGACGACACUUGAUCUCCGCGGGAUUUCUGAGCUCAUGGUCCGACCGGGCGUGCGCGAGGGCCUCGCGAACGCGUCAUGGCGGCGUUCGGCGCGGCGCGACAUGUUGGGCAAGUAGGCGAUUCAUCCUCGGCUUCCUCGCAAUUCAACGGGUCGACGGGCCUUCAUUGGCGAUGUUGACUCACCCCAGAAAUUCAAGCUGCUUCCGAUGGCAACUCUUCGGGUCUUCCGUCGGCGCAAUGUCGUGAACGCGAGGGUGUUUUUCGCGACUCCCCCGCGGGCGCGGCGGCGGGCCGGCGGCCGGCUACGGAGAUUCUCGCCGGCGGCGGCACUCGGGCACGACUCCACGGAGCGGCGGCGCGGCGGGAUCCCGUAUGCCUUGACGAGCUCUGGGUCGGGUCUCAAGCAAAGCGCCUCCGCGUCCGCGUUCAGCAGAAUCAAGGUUGUGUGGCGGCGGUUCCCUUUUUUUUUCCCGCACAUCGCUGCACGACCUCUGCGACGAGUCUCCUGGGGCGGGGAGGGGUCCCGCAAGACCGCGCGCAAAACCCGUCGGUUAAGCUUAGUGCUUCACAGCGGACCCGCACGGCCAUUUGGCAUCGGGAUCGCCGCGUACGCUGUACCAGCGCGCUGCGCGUUCCUCGCCCCGGUUGUUACUUCCUCAGGGCGGCCAAUGGGCCGCGUAACCAGCUUUUGGGCACCGCUCGUCGCGCUGGCGCCGCGCACUGCAUAGGGCUUUCCAGCGCGAUUUGGGCUUUUGGGGCCUCACGUCGCCGCGUCGCGUCGGCAUUGGUAGGUUUUUGGACGCGAAGCUCAUAGGUAGCAUAGCCAUGGCUGACCGGGCGGGCUUGGGCAGGCGACGCCGGAAUCGCUCGCGGUAGACGCGUCGAGACGGCCCGAUCGCGGACCUGUUGCAUUGACUAAUACGCUAUCCCUGGAGCCGCACGGCUCUUCGGCGUCGACGCACCCAUACCGACGGCUGAUCCCGCACCUCUUUGGGAUCUUCCGACUGCGGAAGCUCGUGGGCGCCUUCUUUGCGGUACCGCUCCCGAGGGCCGACACCGGCACCGGCGCGGACGGCCUCGUUAUUGGAAGAUUUUCGAACUGGAGAGUCGGUAGCAUCACGGCGCCCUUUGGUGGUCGUGGCGGACCCUGUUGGCGGCGUUUAUGUCGGGCUCGUGAUGAGUUGUAACCAGGAGCCGGCCGCCUUUCGUCUAGGUCACGCCCAGGCGCAAUGUAAUGUAUUCAUACUGGUCUAUUACUCCGCCCGCCCUACUUGGGCGAAGGCUUUCGCGAGGGCUUGCGCUAUGAGUCUCCCUAGAGGCCUCUAGACCAUGCCCGGAGCCAACAGGUCCGCCGCGAGCUCCAAUGGCCGCAGUGAUGCUACCGACUUGGCCGCGGACCCGCUGCGCCAUCGUCGAGGCCGUCCGCGCCGGUGCCGGUGUCGGCCCUCGGGAGCCCCACUGAGGAGAAGGCUCCCAUGACCUAACCCAAUCAAUACAUGUCGGAGAGGUGCGGGAUCGGCCGUCGGUAUGGGUGCGUCGACGCCGAAGAGCCGUGCGGCUCCAGGGAUAGCGUAUUAGUCAAUGCAACAGGUCCGCGAUCGGGCCGUCUCGACGCGUCUACCGCGAGCGAUUCCGGCGUCGCCUGCCCAAGCCCGCCCGGUCAGCCAUGGCUAUGCUACCUAUGAGCUUCGCGUCCAAAAACCUACCAAUGCCGACGCGACGCGGCGACGUGAGGCCCCAAAAGCCCAAAUCGCGCUGGAAAGCCCUAUGCAGUGCGCGGCGCCAGCGCGACGAGCGAUGCCCAAAAGCUGGUUACGCGGCCCAGUGGCCGCCCUGAGGAAGGGACAGCCGGGGCGAGGAACGCGCAGCGCGCUGGUAUAGCGUAUGCGCCCUUUUUGAUGCCAAGUGAGCCACUUAGACUUUAGGGGCGGAUCGCAAAAAGAAUUAAUAGGCAAAACGGGUUUUUCCGAUUAUGGGACCCCCCCCAUAGAUCCUAACAUGGGAAUGUCGGGAGCGCCAUGCUUACAUAUUUGGGACGAGGCGCCGCCUCAUCGAUCCUCUCCCAGUAGCGAGCUCCCGACAUUGAGAAUAGUCUUCCUUCGUUAAUCGGGCUACCUACUAGUAACCCACUAGAAUCAGGCCCCGGCUGCUCACAGCUUUUACGGCUGCUUGCCGGCCCGUCUCUGUCAGCGGGCUCUGUCUGGCAUCCACACAUGACAUAUACCUGCCGCGGGCGAUUUCAGAAAUCAAGCGCGGCCCAAAAUCGCCCAGGACAGCCAUUUUGCGGAAGUACCGGUGCACAGCGAUGCGGCACCGCGUCGGCCGACCUCGCGCGCUCUCACGCGACGCGCUCCGACCGACGCUCGGUUUUUGAGAUGCCUACCGCGGCGCUGGAGGCAUUUAGUGAGCCCUAUUGCCCCGAACGCGGCCUCGGCCGGUAGUACCAGCGGCCGGCGACGGUCAACAUAACGGCGCCACGAUGCCAGGCGUGCGUUUCCAGCCACUGCGAUCAUAUCGAAACCGCGUGGGAUCAUCGAAGACCGCUUUUGGUUCCGCACCCAAAACGCCAGAAAAAAACGUAGGCGUCUCGCGGCCGUAACUUUUCACCACCCGAUCCGUUUGUUGCACCCUUGGGACCGAACCAGACUUAUUGACGUACGCCUAAAGGAUGGUGACCCCGCUCAGGGGUCUGGGGGCGCUCCUAGCGAAAUCGGGUUUUAGUGUCCGCCCCGAACUUAGUACUAGUACGUGAGCCAUGGCCUAUGGUGCGGGACCGCUGUGGCUUGGCUAAAUGGGCGUCUUGAGUACCCACGGACGAGCGGUGAGGAACCGCGGACUUGCCUAUCGGACGGGGGACCGUGUCCGAUGCUGCAGUACAGCUCCUAACAGAUAAUCGGGCGGCUGUCAUGGCCGAGCUCUCCGACUACGAAAAGCUCCGCAUCGCGAACAUCCUCCGGAACGAGGCGGAGAUGAAGCGGCUCGGGCUCGACGUGUCCAAGCUGACGAACGCGGCCCUCGGGCGCCAGGCGCCGACGGCGACGACGCGGCGCCGCGCCGUGCGGCCCAAGGGCGCGCCGCCGACGCGCCGGUCGCUGCGCGCCAUGGGCAAGCCGGCGCCGGCGUACUCCGACGCGGCGGUGGAGCGCGACGCGAGGGAGGCGGAGGCCGCGGACCUCGCGUCGGGCGGCCGCGGUCGGAAACGCGCGCGGCCGGCGGCGGCGGCGGGCCCGCGGCCACCGCCGGCGACCGCGACGUCGAUCCGGAACCUCGACGCGGACGUCGACGGCCUCCGGCGGCGGUUCCUCGGUCGCGUCGUGCCGCCGCUCGGCGGUCAGGUGAAGCGCGCCGUCAUGGAGGCGGCGAGCCCGGGCGUGUCGCCGACGUUCUCGCGCAUGUCGGGCAUCCAGGAGUGGCGCAACGCGAUCAUGCUCUUCGUGAACGUCUACGGCGACGGCUACAAGAACUCCUUCGUCGGUGGCGGCGUAGAGAUUACGUGGUUCGCGCAGCCGCGGCAGUGGGAGGGCACGCCGGUCGUCCAGCGGCUCGUGAACUGCGAUGGCGGAGAGGUCGCCGCGGACGGCGGCGGCGAGGCCGUGCACUUCGACGAGACGCCCGUGCUCCUGUUCUGCCGCGAGGAGGGCCAGGGCUACGUCUACUGCGGCGAGCUCGCGUACCUGGGGCACGACCCCGCCCGAAUUCCCAUCCGCUUCGUCUGGCAGCUCACCGACUACGAGCAGCUCAAGGACGCGCCGCCGUUCCAGUCACUCGUCGCCAACUGCCGCAACCUCCUCGCGUCUCCUCGGCCCUUGGGCUAG